AUGGAGGAUCCCAAGAAGUUAGAGGAAGGAUUUGGCAGUCAAAAGAAACAUAAUAGUGAAGAAGAAAUUGAUAUUACUAGCCAUCAAGGAAGCAAAUUAGAUAAUAAAGUUGAUAGUAAUCAAGAUUUGGUUAGCCAUGAAAAUGAGCAACAAAUAUUGGACGAGCCAUUGGAACAAGAAAAAGAACAACCUCCUAUUAAGCAGAAGAGCAAAAGGAUUGCAACAUUGGAUGCAUUUAGGGGCCUCACUAUAGUGUUGAUGAUAUUGGUAGAUGAUGCUGGAGGAGCAUAUGCACGUAUUGAUCAUUCACCAUGGAAUGGUUGCACAUUGGCUGAUUUUGUAAUGCCAUUUUUUCUCUUUAUUGUUGGUGUUGCAAUUGCUCUUGCCUUAAAGAGAGUUCCAAAGGUUAGUGCUGCAAUUAGAAAAGUAACACUAAGGACAUUGAAGCUUCUCUUUUGGGGAAUUAUUUUACAAGGAGGAUACUCCCAUGCACCAUAUGAUCUAGCUUAUGGAGUGGACAUGAAAUUAAUCAGAUGGUGUGGUAUUCUACAGAGAAUAGCCUUGGUGUACUUGAUAGUGGCUCUAAUAGAGAUUUUAACUACCAAGCUGAGGCCAACAACUUUAACCCCUGGUCAUUUCUCAAUUUUCACUGCCUAUAAAUGGCAAUGGCUCGGAGGAUUCGUCGCAUUCGUUGUUUACAUGACAACAAUGUAUGGUCUCUACGUUCCUGACUGGAAUUUUCUGGUGCACCAUGAAGAUAGUUCAGAAAGAUACACUGUAAAAUGUGGGACGAGAGGUCAUUUAGGACCUGCCUGCAAUGCAGUAGGCUAUGUGGAUCGGCAAGUAUGGGGUAUCAAUCAUCUCUAUAAUCAACCUGUUUGGGCGCGUUCGAAGGCAUGCACAUUGAGUUAUCCAGCUUCAGGUCCACUUCGUGACAAUGCUCCCAGCUGGUGUCACGCUCCAUUUGAACCUGAAGGUUUGCUGAGUUCAAUUUCAGCUAUCAUGUCUGGAACCAUUGGCAUACAUUAUGGACAUGUAUUGAUUCAUUUUAAGGGUCAUGGUGAGAGGCUAAAACAAUGGGUUUCACUGGGAUUUAGUUUACUCAUCCUAGCCUUUAUUCUUCAUUUCACAGACGCAAUUCCUCUAAACAAGCAAUUAUACAGUUUUAGCUAUGUUUGUUUCACUGCUGGUGCUGCUGGAAUUGUAUUUUCCGGAUUCUAUAUAUUGAUUGAUGUUUUGGGACUGAGACUGCCAUUCUUGUGGCUGGAAUGGAUUGGAAUGAAUGCAAUGCUGAUAUUUGUGUUGGGAGCACAAGGCAUCCUUGCUGGUUUCAUUAAUGGAUGGUUUUUCAAGAAUGAAGAUAACAACCUUGUAAAUUGGAUUCAACAUCAUGUAUUCUUUGAUGUGUGGAAAUCAGAAAGAGUGGGGACUUUAUUGUAUGUGAUAUUUGCUGAGAUUACAUUCUGGGCAGUGCUUGCUGGGAUUUUGCAUAGACUUGGUAUCUAUUGGAAACUAUAAAGAAUCACAACCACUAGAUCAAAAAAAAAAAAAAAAAAAAAAAAAAAAAAGGCCAAAUGGAAGCAUGUUGUAGUUUCAUAGUACGGUAAAGCAAUGGCAGAGACUCGAUUUUCAUCCAAGAAGGUUUAUCAUAUACUAUAUAUUCAUGAAAAAAAAAUUGUCUUAUGUAUAUAGUGUGAUUAUGUGGCGAAGGAAGCUCGGAUGAACCCUUUCCCCCCUGCUGUAAAGUUUAAUCAAAAUCAUUCUACCCCACCUCGUUGCUUAUCUUUGUUCUUUU